GAAACCUUUUCUUCUUCCUAAACCCUAAACCGCGAUGUCAGACUUCUUACCCCAAGAAAUCAUACACAGAAUCCUGUUGCACUUACCCGUCAAGUCGCUGAUCAGAUCCACCCUGGUAUGCAAGUCAUGGAAGUCACUGAUCAAGUGCCCUGAUUUCAUUGAAUCCCAUCUCAGCACCACAAUCGUCUCCAACGACGAAAAGGACUCUCACCUCCUUCUUCUCAGCGCAUCAUCGGAAGAUGGUCACACUCGGCAUCAGCAUCACUCGUUGCGUUGGGAUAGCCCCGAAUUUGGUGCCCACUCCAUGCUUCCAACUCCGGUCAUUUACUUGGAAAACAAACCCGUUUCAGAUCUGGGUGUGGUUGGAACUUGUAAUGGGUUGGUAUGUCUGGAGAUAGACCGCACGGGCACGGGCAGUGAUCCCAUGCCGGUCUUAAUUUGGAACCCAUCGAUUAGAAGAGUUGUCAUGGUGCCUAAACCACCUCUCUGUUCUAUCUCUACCGAUGACAACAGGUUUACUCCUUAGCCAGCGGAUCCUGGAAGAGUCUUAGUGAUUCGGUUGUACCUCUAGAUUUGAAGGGUGGUGGUAAUGA